AUGACAUCAGUACCGUCCUUUCUUAUUGUGGCGUCUUUUACGCAUGGCAAACCUAUUCAGCAGACUGUCUUGGUUAUCGGUCUUCUAUCCCCAAAUCCUCUCCUGUGCUCCCCAAGCCUCAUAGAUUUUUUGCCGUUUCUAGAUUUGCUUAUAACAUAUUUAUUGCAUGAUUUUACCUUUUGCAAAGCAAAUGCCACUAGAUUAUCUGUCACUUCUGGAUCAAGCACGGCCGAACAUUUCUGGACUCCUGACCCACCUGCCUCUCCCACUGAUGUCUUCUCCGGCAUGUGUUUAACUGGAAGCUCUUUUUGCCAAAGUGAAACCGCCGAAAGAUCGGCACCAGGACCUAAUCUAAAUGGGCGGAUAUUUGUUGAUAACCCUUCUAUCUCGCCAAAAUCGGACCAUGAAGAAGAUAGUCUAAUUCACCUACCUCAUCACAAACGCAUUGGUGCUCUUCAGCUUCGACCUCGCAUCGGUCUUAUCAACCCGCCCAGCGGGAGUCGAACAAUGACGUCUUCCGACCAUAGUUCUACAAACAGGACUUCUUGGGGGCAUCAAUCUUCCUCUCCUUCAUGUGACAAUGUUUUUCAUUCUUCUUGUACUUCAAGUACGUUAGAUGCUCCCUUGCCCCAGAACAUUUUGGGUCCUUGUACAUCUAUUAUUACGAGUACCACUAAUAAAUUUGACAUUGGUAGGCCUAUUGAUGUUCCAUUAGUCAGCGACGAAGCAGCAGUUACCUUGUCUAACUGCAUUACGGAUGAGACUGCUAUCGACCUAGGCUGUGCAGGAGUUCCUGGAUCAAUCUCUAUCAUUCACGUUUCUGAGACUGCAUACAGGCCGAUAAAUUUGCGGCGAGAAGGGCCCGGCAGCAUAAAUCCAAGUCAGCAAGAAAGCCUUACUGAGGUUGACUAA